AUGGUUUUCGUCCCCGCCGCCACCGCCUUUGUGGUGCUGUUAAAUCUCGCUGUGAAUGGGCUUGGGCUUCCCAGUUCUCCGAUCCCCUCUUACGCCGCGCUGCCGAAUAGCUACGAAAUUACAAGGCAGUUGAACGCCGUCAAUGCAACUGGCACAUUCUUCUUCAAUGGUGAUAACUACGGUUGUAUAUACAGCAAAGAGAACGUGGACAGGGUUAAACAUGUAUAUCGCCAUGGACAUCAAGUUGCUUCGCACACCUGGGCACAUCGGGACUUGUCGACCUUGGGAUGGAAUGACAUUUACGAGGAAAUGAGGCGUACGGAUGAGGCACUUCAGCGAAUAACAGGGGCAUUGCCUGCCUUCAUGCGCCCUCCUUAUGGCAACUAUAACAAUCUCGUCAGGGAGGUUUCAGCUUCUCGGCAUCAAGCAAUCGUUUUGUGGGAUUUUGACUCUGGGGACUCUGUAGGUGUCGGCCCUGGGAGUCAGAAGUACCGGUACACACAGCUCGCCCAGCACCGUCCUUCCUCUGUCUUGACCCUGAACCACGAGGUCUAUGCUUCCAGUGUACACGAUGUGCUGCCGCAUGCCAUCAGUAAACUUCGACAGGCUGGAUAUCGACUCGUCUCAGUAGCCGAGUGCUUAGGAAGGCCUCCAUACAUUUAUGUCCAAGCUCCUGCAGCUAGAGAUUCUUCCUGGAAAUGCUAG